UGGUCAGUAUGAAAAGAAUACAUAAGAUACGUAUCUAUGCAUCUCCAUAGUCUGUUGCUAAGUUGGUGAUUGGUUUUAGUAAUCAGGUGCUAGAUUAAACUCUCAUAGCAUUAGUUCUCUGAUGAAAUAAAUCAUUUUGGUAAUAUUGAAGGCUAUGCCGUUCCGAAGUCAAGAAGAACAUAUGGCAUUUGUUCAGACUAUGCAUAUGAAUCGCACAACUGGACAUGGGCUGGAGGCGACCAGACAUGCUGACAUUGUGAAUCAUGAAUUGACAAAUACGACGAUGAGUGAGUGCAGCGGUGAGCCUAUGGCACCGAGGAAAGACAAUGGCACGAUCAACAUGCUGAAUCAUGAUCCUGACUUAGAGUUCGCCGAUGGUUAUACAAGAGAUGGAAAUUGUCCGACUAAGGAUCAUCCAAAUGCAUCUUCAUGUCAGAAUGUGCCACUAGAAGGAAUGUGUUUUCAGUCUGAAGAAGAGGCAUACAAGUUCUAUAAUGCAUAUGCCAAAAUGAAAGGAUUUAGUAUCAGGUGGACACACAAAAAAACUAGAGCAGAUGAUACUAUAUCUGCCAGAUAUUUAGUUUGCAGUAAGGAUGGUGUAAAGGAUAAACAUUGCACACAUGAGACCAGGAAAGAACAAGCUGUUACCAGGACGUCUUGCAAGGCUCGUGUACAGUUCCGUAUAACUCGAGAGGGCAUUUGGAAUAUUCAGAAAGUUAUCCUUGAACACAACCAUCCUAUGGUAACUCCAGAUAAGUCACACAUGCUAAGGUCCCAACGACAACUGAUAGAUGCUGAUAAGCAUAUGAUCAACCAAAUGCGGACUGCCGGAAUUCGACCAUCUGAAAUAUACAACUUUUAUGAAGAAUGGUGUGGUGGAGCUGAAAAUGUGCCUUUCUUAGAAAUGGAUUCCAAUAAUUACAUAAGAACUGAGCGCAUGAAGUAUUUAGAAACCAAAGAUGCACAAACUCUUUUGGAGUAUUUGAAGAACAAACAAGCUGAAGACCCUUCAUUCUUUUAUGCAGUGGAUUUAGAUAAAGAGGAUGGUAGGAUAGCUAAUUUCUUCUGGGCAGAUGGACAAUCAAUAAUGGAUUAUUCUUCCUUCGGUGAUGUUGUUUCUUUUGAUACCACAUUUUCAACAAAUAAGUUUAAUAUGCCCUUUGCUCCGCUUCUCGGUGUUAACCAUCACAAGCAGACCAUUCUUUUUGGUGCAGCACUAAUAUUCAACGAAAGUACAGAGUCUUUUGAGUGGCUUUUUAGGACCUUCCUGCAAGCAAUGUCCGGCAAGGAGCCAGAAACCAUUUUUACUGAUCAGUGUGCUGCAAUUAUAAAGGCAAUUGGAAAUGUAUUUGCAAUCACAAUCCAUCGUCUUUGCUUAUGGCAUUUAUACCAGAAUGCAGCUAAGCAUCUCAGUCAUGUUAUCGCCAACACUCCACUAUUUCUUCCGGAACUCAAAGAGUGUGUAUAUGAAGAUAGGUCAGUGGCACAUUUUGAGAUGAAAUGGCAUGAUUUGUUGGCUAAAUACAACCUUCAGGAGAAUUCUUGGAUUAAUAAUAUGUUCAAGUUUCGUGAGAAGUGGGCCACUGUUUAUAGGCGAGAUUCAUUUAGUGGAGACAUGACAACAACCCAGAGGAGUGAAGGGAUGAACAAUGUCUUCAAGAAAACAUUUCGUGGAAGACUCUCGCUUUCAGAAUUGCUAGAAAAAGUUGACAAGUGUGUUGUUCGUCUUCGCCGGAAGGAGAAGUAUGAAGACUUUAAGUCUCGUCAUUCAGAUCCAGUUCUCUGCAUACGUAGACAUCCUUUGUUGAAGGCAGCAGCUGCGUCAUACACGCGGACACUAUAUUCUUUUUUUGAAGAAGAAUUUCAAAGGCAGUUUACUUUGUCAUGCACUCUGCUGUUGAGUGAAACUACAACUAACACUUACAAAGUUACAUCUUAUUGUGUGGAUUUUCUUAUCAAGACAUGUAAACAAAUAUAUCAAUUUUUAGUACAUGUUCUGUGGGCAAUCAGCCAAACUAAGAUUCACGAGCUGGACAUAUAUGUCUUCUGA